CAAUAAAAGACAUGAGGAGGGAGCCCUGAACAGCAUUGACCUGCAGAAGGAGGCUGCUGUGAGGAGAGGGAGCUGUGAGCAUGGGACCUGCAGUGCUGCUGAUUGCUGGCCUGGCCUGGACUGUGCUGGAGACUGCAACUGCCACGGAGUGGAGCUGUGCAAAGCCUGCGGAGAUUGAACAUGGCUACGUGGAGCACCUGAUCAAGUACCGCUGCAACCCGUACUACCAGCUGCGUGGCUCUGGUGAUGGCACAUACAAGUGUGACGAGGAUCACGUGUGGGUGAGCUCUGAAGCUGGCAAGGAGGUGCCUGUCUGCGAGCCAGUGUGCGGGAAGCCAAAGAACCCCCCCAGGCAGUUGCAGCGCAUCAUCGGGGGCCUGCUGGCUGGGAAGGGCAGCUUCCCUUGGCAGGGCCGGCUGGUGACCCGCCACAACCUCACCGUGGGGGCCACGCUCAUUGGUGACCAGUGGCUGCUGACCACGGGCAGGAACGUCUACCUGAACCACAGUGAGAACACCAAGCCAGAGGAGAUUGCCCCUACACUGCAGCUCUUCCUGGGCAGCCGGGAGCAGCCUGCCUUGGGCAUUGAGCGCGUGGUGCUGCACCCCAGCUACCCGGAGGCUGUGGAUCUGGCCCUGCUGAAGCUCAAGCAGAAGGUGCUCCUCGGAGAAGAGGUGAUGCCCAUCUGCCUGCCCCAGAAGGACUAUGUGCACCCGGGGCGGGUGGGUUACGUCUCGGGCUGGGGCCGUGGCGCCACCUUUGCCUUUCCCAACAUGCUGAAGUACGUGAUGCUGCCGGUGGCAGAGAGCGAGAAGUGCAGGCAGUACUAUGAGGCACGGAAUGCGUCCUACUGGGUCCAGCCCAUCCUCAGCAAUGACACCUUCUGUGUGGGCAUGAGCGAGCUGCGGGAGGAUACGUGCUAUGGGGAUGCCGGCGGCGCCUUUGCUGUGCAGGACCCUGAUGACAACACCUGGUACGUGGCCGGCAUCCUCAGCUACGACAAGACCUGCACGUCCUCCAAGUAUGGCGUAUACGUGGAUGUGCAGCAUGUCCUGGGCUGGGUCAAGGAGACGGUGGCGGCUGGCUGAGGUGGAGCCAUGGGGGAAUAAAACUGCCUCACACCUGG